AUGGAUGGAUUAGGCUUGCCUGGGCUUCCAGGGAUGUCAGGCAUACAUGGCCUUCCCGGUUCAGCCCUUAAUGGCUUCCCAAACGUUAUCCAACAGAUGCAGCAAAUGCCACAAGCCUUGACUGUAGCAGAUUUCUGUGAAGAAGCUGAUGACUAUGAAGAUGGAAAUGAAGUUCCAGACAUCCAGAUGGUAACGAAGAAAAACAAUAUUCUGCCUCUUUGGGGUAAUCAAAACACAAUGAAUCUCAAUGCUUUGGUCUUGGAAAAUGUUCGAGAAAGUUAUUAUUAUAAAAACCAUUUGAUCGAAAUUGAUAAUUUCCAGCAAUUACAGGAUGAAAUCUUCUACAAGGUGAAGCAUAUGGAACCUUGGGAAAAGGGUACCAGAAAAGUCCAGGGUAUGACUGGAAUGUGCGGAGGAGUGAGAGGUGUCGGAGCUGGAGGUGUUGUCAGCUCAGCGUAUUGUCUGUUAUAUAGACUUUUUAAUAUUAAGUUAACCAGACGUCAUGUUAUAACGAUGAUUAACAGUAGUGUAUCGCCUUACAUCAGAGGGUUAGGCUUUAUGUAUAUUAGAUAUACUCAACCUCCUGCAGAUUUAUGGGCUUGGUUUGAACCAUAUUUGGAUGAUGAAGAAGAAGUUGAUCCAAAGUCUGGAACUGGAGAUCCAAUGACUUUUGCCCAGAUUGUCAAAUUAAUGCUGACUAAAUUGGAUUGGUAUGGCACACUCUUCCCACGUAUCCCUGUCCCUAUCCAGAAAGAGAUCGAUGAAAAGUUUGCUGAAAAGAAACGAGAUCUCCUUCAACAUGCUCGAGAAAGAGAGGAACGAAAACGAGGAUACGAGAGACCUGAAGCUAAAAUUGAUCGGCUCCGCGAAGAGACUGUUGAGAAAAAAUCCAAAUUAUCAAGAUGUGGUCAUCACCUGAGACACCACCAUUGUCGUAAACAUAGAAAGAAAUGUCCGGCUAAAGCUAAAGAAAAAAGACUCGCUGAAGAAGCCAAAAAGAAAGAGGAGGAAAACAAGUAA